CAAAGGCGCCGCCAGACCCCCGCGAGCUCCUGCCUUGCCCUCCGCGGAGAGAUGGCGUCGUUCAACCUCGGGGGAUUGAACGCCUCCUCCCGGAGGAAAAGCAUCUAUUCCCGCAACGCGACCGUCGAGAGGCGGAAUCUCAUCACCGUGUGCAGAUUUUCUAUCAAAACACUGAUUGAUCGUUCUUGUUUUGAAACUAUUGAUGAUUCUUCUCCUGAAUUCAACAACUUUGCAGCAAUUCUGGAACAAAUUCUAAGCCAUCGACUAAAAGGUCAAAUCACUUGGUUUGGCUAUGAAAGCCCUCGUAGCUUCUGGGAUUAUAUUAAGGUGGCUUGUCGCAAAGUUUCACACAAUUGCAUCUGUAGCAUUGAGAAUAUGGAAAAUGUUGGUUCUUCAAGAGCUAAGGGAAGAGCUUGGAUUAGAGUAGCACUUAUGGAAAAGCACUUAUCUGAAUAUAUUUCCACAGCUUUGAGGGACUUCAAAACAACAAGAAGAUUCUAUGAAGAUGGAGCAAUUGUCCUGGGAGAAGAAGCAAACAUGCUAGCUGGUAUGCUGCUAGGACUCAAUGCUAUUGAUUUCAGCUUCUGCCUCAAGGGAGAGGGCCUGGAUGGCAACUAUCCAGCUGUGAUAGACUAUACACCUUACCUGAAGUUCACCCAAAGUUCUGACAGUAUCAGUAGUGAUGAAGAAGAGCUGAGAACACUGGGCAGUAGUGGCAGUGAAAGCAGUACUCCAGAGAAUAUCGGUCCUCCUUUCAAUAUGGAUGAAAACAGCUGGUACAACAAAUGCAAAAGGGUUGAACAGAAAUACCGUCUCACACUGGAACAGAAGGGUUAUCUAGAAGAACUAGUACAUCUUAGAGAGACCCAGCUGGCUGAAUCAAUCUCUCAGAAGAAAUUGUUGCGUCAGAAGAUAGAAACUAUGAAUCUGGCCUAUAAAAUGGAACACGAACAACUUGAGUACAUCAUUGUGGAACUGCAGGAUCAGCUAACUGUGUUAAAGCAUAAUGAUUUAAGAUCAAGACAAGAAUUAACUACCCAUCUCACCAAUCAGUGGCCUUCCCCAGGAGCUCUGGAUGUUAAUGCUGUUGCCUUGGAUACGCUACUUUAUCGAAAGCAAAAUAAGCAAUGGGAUGAAAAGAGUUUUCACAGCCUGGACCAACUCUCUGCAGAUGUUAGCCUUUCUCAGACGUCUCUGGAUCCAAGUCAUUCAGAAGAUGGAGAUGGAAAGCAGGAUGGACUAAAUUUACUUAGUGAAGGGAAAGAAGAUACUCCUUCAUUACUUGGCCUCUGUGGCUCUCUGACUUCAGUAGCAAGUUACAAAUCUCUCACAAGCUUGAAAUCAAGUGAAUAUCUUCCAAGUCCUACGACAGAAAUGACAAGCCCUGGACUAACUCCUUCUUGAGCAGAUAUAUACAGAGACGACCUAUGUUUGUAUUCAAUUGGCAUUCCUUAAUUUAUUGGCUAUCAAGAUUCAUAGGAGGUCAACCCAAUUUUUAGAAUUGGCUGCUGUCCUUUUUUUGCAAAUCUAAAAACCAGUGACUUGCUAUAGUCUUGAAAAUAAGACUUUCAUAGGUACAUGCUCCUUGAUUAAUGAUAUUCAUGAUUUUCAGUCUACUGUUUAAUGUACAAUUAAGGCUUCAAACAAUAAGAGGAAAAAUGUGGUUAUCUUAACCAUCAUGUCUUUUCUGCAACAGUUGCUGACUUCAAAUCAGUAUUUUACUGCACUUCUUUAGAUAUGCUAACAUUUUCAACAAUGACUUAAAACCUGGUAGGUAAACAAAAUAACUUAAGAAUUUAUUGUAAAUAGCAAAAUACCUGCAUUGUGUUCUAUGGUGAUGGAUUUAAAAAAAUUAAACCACCUCAAACAAUAGCAACCAUUAGUACUACGUCUGCGUUUUCAUCAUACUACAGAGUUCAGUUUCAAGUAGGUGAGGUUAUUAAAUUAUGGUCUACUUUCAUCAAGGUUAUACCAUGUAUUUGGCAUUUUGACACACUGAACCACUUGGAAGUGUACAGAAAGAAGAAAUUUGGAGAUGGCUGCCAAAGUGUUGUGUUCAUGAUACAGCUUAUUGUAAAGGCAGGAGACUCUGUACUAUCAAUAGUAGCUCCUUUUAAGAACUGUAUCUCCGAAUAGCAAAUGUCACAAUAGACUUUCAUAAAAAAAUUGCAAACGUUUUUGGUUCAGAUAUAUUUGUUCUUAUUUGCUCUGUAGUAAAACACUUCAAAAUC